CAUUUACUUUUACCCUUAGUAGUCGCUGCGUGUUCUCCCGCGUCUGAGCAUUGAUAAAUUCUUAUUAAAUUUUCAUAAUCCGAUGAAAAGUCUCAUUGUACGUUCGAGCAGAUGUUAAUUGAGAGAGGUCGAUAUGAGUGAACAAAGGAAGAGAAUCAGGCACAGUCCUCGCCCCGAGAGGCCUUCAGACAGACGGACUCGGCAGAGAUUACCGGACGGAUUUGGAAUGGUGGCUCGUGCUACGAAACCUCCAAUGACGUUGCUUGAUGAAAACGUUAAUCGUGUACCAGAGAGUAGACAGCCCCAUAAAGUCGAUCAUCCUGGAUUCAAAGAGAGAAUCGAAAGAUUGUCCUCGAUGGAUGUGGCCACUGAGAAGGCCGAAAAGUCCGAGAAGUUAGUGGACGCUGGGAGACCCAUCCAAGUCAUCCUAGCCCAUCCAGAUCAUACAUUCGAGCUGGACGAGGAAGCACUCACUGAAAUUCUCCUCCAGGAUGACAUCAAAGAUCGCAGUGUCGUCGUUGUCUCAGUGGCCGGUGCCUUCAGGAAAGGCAAGAGUUUUCUUCUGGAUUUUUUCCUGCGUUAUAUGAACAGCAAGUACCUCCACAAGAUCGAUGAUGAUUCAUGGCUAGGCAGCGACGAAGAGCCCUUGAGUGGUUUCUCGUGGCGUGGGGGUUCUGAAAGAGACACAACAGGCAUUCUGAUGUGGUCAAAAGUAUUCCCAGGAACUCUCCAGAAUGGCGAAAAAGUUGCUGUCAUCUUGAUGGACACACAGGGUGCAUUCGACAGUCAAUCAACUGUCAGAGACUGUGCAACUGUGUUUGCUCUUAGUACAAUGCUGUCAUCGGUACAAAUAUUCAAUCUGUCCCAGAACAUUCAGGAGGACGACUUGCAGCAUCUGCAGUUGUUCACCGAGUACGGUAGAUUGGCACUGGAGAGAUCAGGGAGCACACCCUUUCAGAGGCUACAGUUCUUGGUGAGGGACUGGAGUUAUCCGUACGAGGCAAAUUAUGGUGCUGACGGUGGUCAGAAGAUCCUCCAGAGACGCCUGGAGAUCUCUGAUCGACAGCAUCCAGAGCUCCAGAGCCUGAGGAAACACAUUAAAUCCUGCUUCUCUGAUAUCUCCUGCUUCUUGAUGCCCCAUCCAGGUCUCAAAAUCGCUACGAAUCCGAAAUUCGAUGGCAGACUAGCGGAAAUUGAAUCUGAUUUCAAACAACAGUUGAGGGUACUCAUCCCCACUCUUUUGGCACCUGAGAAUUUGGUCACCAAGAAAAUUAAUGGACAGACGGUGAGGGCUAGAGAACUUCUGGAAUACUUCAAGAGUUAUAUCAGAAUUUAUAAGGGGGACGAAUUGCCAGAGCCCAAGAGCAUGCUCGUCGCCACUGCCGAGGCUAAUAAUCUCUCAGCUGUUGCUGAUGCUAAAGAUCUGUAUUUGCAAAUGAUGGAGUGCGUUUGUGGUGGUACCAAGCCGUUUUUGGCGACUGCACACUUGGAGUCGGAGCAUCAGAGAUGCGUCGAUAAGGCACUACAUCAGUUUGUUAAUAAGAGGAAAAUGGGAGGGGAUGAGUUCAGUCAGACGUACAUGGAAAAACUCAUGAAGGAUAUGGAUGAGUCUUUCCUGCAAUUCAAAGCCCACAACGAGAGCAAAAAUAUAUUCAAAGCAGCAAGAACACCAGCAGUAUUCUUUGCUAUUGCUGUUACGACGUAUAUACUCUCCGGUGUAUUUGGAUUAGUUGGACUUUACACACUCGCAAAUAUUUGUAAUCUCAUCAUGGGCAGUAGUCUCCUCACGCUCGUCCUGUGGGCUUACAUAAGAUAUAGUGGAGAGUUUAGGGAAAUUGGUACACAAAUCGACGAUCUAGCCAGUGCUAUGUGGGAAAACCUCAUGAAACCGGUUUAUCAGCAGUUCGUCGAAAAAUCAGUAUCUGUAGCUGUUGCCCAGGCGGCGGAAAUAGCGACAAAUACGACAUUGAAUGCAACUGCACUAAAUGGCAAGACGAAAGUAUCGUAAAUCGAAAAACAAAAUAAUCUCCAUCCCUCAUUACAUUCGACUUUCAAUAUAUAUUUUCUUCAAAUCCAUCAAAUUCUGAUUCAUACAUUAUCGCAUGAUCUACGGGACACUGAACGAAAUUUUCAUGUCGCUCGAGGAAGGAAAAAUGUAAGAAAAUUGUUGCGAUCUUUUUUAUAUAAAAAAACAAAUGCUAAAAUAUGAACAAUGUAACUAAACCUCUUAUUGGAGAUAUUAUUGUGAAUUUAUGUACAGUAUUUCCUGAUUACGAAUCAGUGCGUUAGAUUUGUUGAACAAAAGAAAAAUUGAUGAAAAAAAGCAUCAGAAGAUGAAAAUUAAUAUUUAUCUCAUCAUUAACUAAGAUUGUUAUAGGAAUAAAAAGUCUCACCGAAAAAUUGAAAAUUUAUUGAGAUAAAAUUGGAAAAAUUCUAGAAAUUCAAAAAACGAAAGACGAACAAAUUUUUUCGGCAUUUACUACGAAUUGUUCGCUUGUUUCAGAAUUUUCAUAAAAACCUAAACGAGGGUUUUAUCGCGUUACUGUGUACAUAGGUAACUCUAAUGAUUAUGUUAACAAUGUGCCAGAUUUACAUUCAGGAAUUUUUAAGUUAUUUCUCAUUGAAAAGUCCCGUAAAUUUAUUGGAACAUUUUUUACAUGCCAUGUUUAUAUUCUGUUGCAAGAUAAAAUUAAAUAUAAUGAGACAUUACUGAUUGUUCAUCUUGACAGCAGAACAAUCAACUUCUUUCGAAUAUCUUAAUGAGUUGAAAUUCACUUUAUUGUUUACUUCUCUAUAAUCGAGGUGAGGAAGAUAUCUUGCCAAUUAUUUAAGGAGGUCCUCGACUUUUCAGUUGUAGAAUCGAAGAUUUUUUUUCUGAUAGUAAAAUGUGGGGAAUAAAAAAGAGUUAACUCUACUCUCCCAUUGAUUUUAGGACGUAAUACAUAUAACGAAAAAUAAUGCAUCAUUUUUCUUUGAUUUUUUAAAUGCAGCAUCAACACAGGGUGCCAUUCAACUGUUGGUUAUCUGGUUGUUUUUUUUCGUUAUUUAGAAUGUUUGUUUUCUAUUGAUGGAGGAAUAUAUUAUUCAUCUCGUACUUUCUUCCUUUCCGUUGAAAGGUUCAAAGAGCUUUCACACAAUUAAUUGAAGUUUAUUUCGCAUUCGUGUUAGCAUUCGUUGAUGUGUCGAUGACUUUAAUUGUAAAGGAAACAUCAGGUAGAAUGUAGAAUGUGAUCUUAAAUAUAUGAUUUAUUAUGGUUUUAUCGAUGUGUUAAAGUUCAAUGUUCUAUUCGUAACGAUAAUUUUUUCACGAUCAUUCUGAGUGGAUGAUGUAACAGCUCACUUUUAAUGUUUAAAGCUCAUUUUAUCGCAUACGGUUGGAUAGUAAAAACUAUUAACACGAGGGUAACAAAAACGAAGUUUAGGGGUUUUCAGUGGAUUUAUUACCGGAUUCAGGUGUUCUAGAUCCAAUAUUGAUCAUUUUUCUUCGUGUUGCAGAAAUGAAAAAUAAUUUCGAAAAAAAGCAGAUAUGUAAAACGUUUUAAAUCUUAACUGUGGUGUAAGUCGCAAAUGGGUAGUCAAUAAAUCUGUAUUUUUAUAUUAAUGAA